CCCCCCCCCCCGCCGCCCCUCUGUAAUCAUUGCAUGCCACCUCGAUGCCGUCCAAGAACGGUGCACAUAUGACCCCCGAGAGCACGCCCGGACCCUCCAACGGCGUGAGGAGAAAGGCUGAGGAGGAGGAGUUGAGAUUAAGCAAAAAGCCUCGGACGAGAGUCAGCUACUCAUGCGGUGAAUGCCACCGUCGUAAGCAAAAGUGCGACAGACAAGUUCCUUGCUCUCAUUGCAUCGCUCGUAAAGUACCGGAGCUCUGCAAGGCUUACACCCCUGGGAAGACCGACCAGGACAUUCACGUCCGUUUAGCUCGCCUCGAACACAUUGUGGAGACAGCACUUCCGCAAUACUGGGUGCAAGGUCACACAUCUGGAUCCCCUGAUUUCAGCAGUGACCGCAGACGAUCGAUUUCUCCAGGGUUGGAAGAUGGGAAUCGGUCGCAACCGGAAGAAGAAGACCCAUGUGGAGGCAUGUUUGAAAGCGGCAGGUGGUUCGGGAAGAGCGCCUCUGGAAGUGUUGCUGCGCCUGUUGUUUUGGAGCAGCUGCAACAUGUGGAGAAGCUAUCCGCUGGAGACUCAAUAUCGAUCAAUCAACUCCCUGCUGACAUAUUUCAUCCAGAGUCGAGACUUCUUUCGACGCUAGAACCACAAAAUGCUGCAGACAAGCUCAAGUUGCUCAUCUCUGACUACGGAUUUUCCCCAACGAAAGUCCCGGAGUUAAUCAACGAGCUUCCUCCCCGCCAUCUGUCCACUCGCCUUGUGGAUCAUUAUUUCUCUGCUGUUAAUUGGACGCGCUACCCCAUCCCGGAGCGCGACUUUCGCGCCUCAUACGCUGCCAUCUGUGCAGAAGGGAUGAUGCUCAAUCCGAACAACAUACGUUUCCUCCCUCUGUUAUUCGUUGUCCUUGCUAUUUCUAUCCGAUUGGCUCCUGAGCACGUUGGAGGCGAUGAAAGGACGCGGAAAGUAACAUCGUCGCGUUAUUAUUGGUCGUCGCGACGAGCCCUGAUAAUUGCUGCGGCCAUCCAGCCUGAUUGUUUCGAGAUGGUGCUGACACGCAUGCUGAGCGCUCGAUUUCUCAUCCUCGACCGGAGGAUGACGGAGUCCUGGAAUCAGCUGGGUGCAGCCGUCAGGACCGCUCAAGCCUUGGGCCUACAUCGCGAUGGCGCCGACAUGGGCAUGGACCUCGUCCAGGUAGAAAAGCGCCGACGGAUAUGGUCGCAUCUAUACCAUGCCGACCGGUCCAUAGCUUUGGUAUUGGGACGACCUAUUGCUAUCCAGGAUGUAUACACCUCCACAUUACCGCCGUCCAACGUUGAUGAUUUUGCAACGUCUGACCUACGCCAACCGCUUCCGCUCACGACCCCUACGCUGUCCACAUUCAUGAUUCUCCGACAUACUCUUGCUGGCAUAAUGGGACGCAUGUCGCAUCAUUUUCAGCAAGUACGAUCAGCAAGCCAUUACUCCGAUGUGCUGGCUCUCGACGAUGAACUGUUGAAGUUCAUGCGCUCACUUCCCUCCUACUAUGCGGUCGAUCCCGAUAUAUCAUUAGAUCAGUCCCACCCUUACAUUCCCGUCCAUCGAUUUCUGCUGGUGACGGAAAUCCUUUUUGUGAGGAUAUCUCUACACCGCCCGUAUCUGCUCCGUCGACUUGGAUCUGAUCGCUAUCUUCGCUCGCGGAAAGCAUGCUUUGAGUCUGCACUAACAGACUAUCGCAUUCGACGAGCAUUCCUGGCAACCACUACCAAGGAGGCGCGCGAUCCUAUCGCAAGCGCAUACCGUGAAUUCCAAGCAGCCAUGGUCAGUGGCAUCUACCUUGUUCUGUACCCGCGAGGCAACGAUGCAGAUUCCAUGCAUGCCGUCUUGGAUACGUUUCUCAAGAACCACGACCAGAAGGAACUGGAUGAGACUACAAGGAGGGAGGUCAACAUCAUCCAGUUCCUGAAGGAUCGAUCGAUGCAGAUGGCAGGUGCAGCGGGGUCCGACUCGACUUCCAACCACAAGAGGGUCAACGUUUCGGCCAACCCGCUCGAGUCACCUUCCAAGCAGGUCACUUUUGCUCCUAAUCAUCAAGUUAUCCCGUCUUCUACCGCCGGUCCGGUAUUGUCCAACGUCCCCUCAUUAUCGAUCACCCCUGUCCCUACUGCUGGUUAUGCUCAUCCACCUGCUCGUCCCCCAGCGAUCCCGCACCAUAUGCAAGCCGUCGAAAGCGGCUCGCAAUCAGGCACCGGCAGCCCUCCCGGCGGUGAUGUGGAUUCCGAGUCAACGGCGCAGACGUUGCUGGAUCAGUGGUGCAAUAUCUUCAGCGGAGGACCUACGGACGACUCAGCGGGUGCGACGAGUCGCUUGCCAUGGGGUACGCCUGGUUUAGCUGAUUUAUCCGGGUGGAUACCCGCAACAUCGCCGAUCAUGGGUAAUGAUCCCCUUCCAGGCCUCGACGGCUCAGAUUGGAGUUAUUGGGAGUCGCUCGUCAACCAAAUUCGUAGAGCAUCGGCACAAGCAUCGCCCUUCGGAGACUCCAUUAUCCCAACAUCCCGCGACAUGAGCAAACGUCCUCGGAGCGAUCCUGCUAGUUCAUCCGGCUCAGACACUGCGGCCCCGAAGAAGACACGCACAAUCCCUCCUCCUCCCGAGCCUAUACCAGGCCCUCAAGCGAAUUUGACAAGGAUCCUGUCCUGGAACGUAGAAACGCCUGUCCCGUUCCUGCAGCUGCCGCCUCGAAAAGUCGGAACCUCCGUCGCUCCCGGUACUCGGCUCUCGCUCCUACGCGACCUUCUCAUCCGGCACGACCUUCCUGACUUCGUCUGCUUGCAGGAGGUGCGUGCGCGGCAAACGGAUAAGGCGUGGAUCUCGGCUUUGCAUAAUGCCGCCAACUACCACAGAAAGGGUGGGCCGAAAUAUUCGAUGUACACCGCCCUCAAUCAGGCUAAAACCGGGCAGCGCCAUUUUGGCGUCGUGACGUACGUCAAAGACCGGGAACGGGUGGCCAUCGCACGGGAGGUAGACUGGGACGCCGAAGGCCGUGUUCUCAUCCUCGAGAUGAAAAGCGGCUGGGCGUUGGUCAAUGUUUAUGCCCUUAAUGGGAGCGAGUACAUGUGGAGAGAUCUGACACUCAAGAGCGCUCCGAAGACCCGCAACGAGCGCAAACGCGAGUUCAACCGGCUGCUUCUGCAAGAAUGCCGGGCAAUGCAGGAGAGGGGCCUCCGUCUCGUGCUGACUGGUGAUUUCAACAUUUCGCUCACGAAGCGGGAUUGCGUCCCCCGGUUACGCACGGAGCAUCCUCAUUCGCUGGCACGGAAGGAGUUCAACGACGAGUUCAUACCUGGCCUCGACCUCGUUGAUGUCUAUCGGGCGCUGCAUGGAGAUCGCCCUGCGUUCAGCUGGUUCGCCAAGGGCAAGCCGCAGGGCGCAGACUGCGCCAGGGUCGAUUACGCCCUUGUUGAACGGUCGCUGAUGGACUCUGUAGUCGACUCGACGUAUUUCGAAGAUAGCACGGAGCGAGGCCACAGCGACCAUGCACCGUUCAUACUAACGUUACAAGAUUUGCAUGUACUGAAAGCAGCGCCUGAUCCCUCUAUACUGCAUUUAUCCGCGGAGCCUACGUCCUCGAACGGUUAGCCUAGUCUCGGUCCAAACUGUACGUAGUUGCUCCCUGUGUGGUCCUAAAGACAUUACUGUCUCAUUUCACUUCUGUGUUCGGUCGGAUGCAUUAAUGUCUCGCCCGAGAUUGGACCGUUCAUUCGCAAGUGACUUGGUCGAUCUGGAGCCGAUCGCAGCGUAGUUCAUCGCAAGAGUAAU